AACCCGGAAGUAAACAAUCCCCAGCUGACGUGGAGCAGCCGGAGCUGAAGUCCUGGUUCCUGGUGGCGUCUGUGGCGGCUCCAGCUUAUGUCCCGGUUCUUCUGCAGCAUUACUGACUUUAAUUAACGAGUCUGGACUCAGAGAAGAACUGAAGGCGACACUUUAAACGUCUCUGGAAGCUAAGAUGGCGGCGGAGGAGGCCAGCAGGCCGUUCGCCGGACUCUCCGACGUCUCCAUCUCGGAGGACAUCCCCGUGGAGGGGGACAUCUCGGUGCCCAGCGCCUCCCGGAGAGACGAGGAGUUCUCGACGCUGGACGAGCCGGUGAAGGAGACCAUCCUGCGGGACCUGCGGGCGGUGGGCUACAAGUUCGUCCACGUCCUGUACCCGAAGCGGAGCUCGGCUCUGCUGCGGGACUGGGACCUGUGGGGGCCGCUGCUCCUCUGCGUCGCCCUGGCCCUGAUGCUCCAGGGCGGCGCGGCGGACAGCGACGACCAGGGGGGGCCGCAGUUCGCUGAGGUCUUCGUCAUCGUCUGGUUCGGCUCCAUCAUCAUCACCCUGAACUCCAAGCUGCUGGGCGGCACCAUCUCCUUCUUCCAGAGCCUGUGUGUCCUGGGUUACUGCAUCAUGCCUCUGACCGUGGCCAUGGCCGUGUGUCGCAUCGUCCUGCUCAGCGGCUCCGGGACCAUCAGCUUCGCCGUGAGACUGGCCGUGGUGACGCCGUCCUUCGGCUGGGCCACCUUCGCCUCCACCGCCUUCCUCGCCGACAGCCAGCCUCCCAACCGCAAGGCGCUGGUGGUCUACCCCGUGUUCCUCUUCUACUUUGUGAUCAGCUGGAUGAUCCUGACGUUCUCGCCGUGACCGCGAAUGUCGUGGAGCUUUGGCCUCGACUCAGGACGAAACCAGAGCGGCGGCCGAGGGAGAGACUGAACCGUGUGUUUGUAUUUUCAGCUGUAAAUAGAAAUCCUUCAUGAAUGUUGGAGCUGUCGGGGUCUCAUCACUUCUCUUUCUUCCGGCUCUGAGGGUUCGUCCCGUCUGCAGGACGUCCACUAAAAACCUGAGACUUUAUUUCAGUGUUUGGUUCAAGAGGAAACGACGACUUCAUCCUCACAGUGAACGUUGGCUUCUCUGGACGUUUGUCUGGACACUAACAACAAAAAAGAUAAAAAAUUUAAAUAUUUUAGAUAAAACAUCUCGAAUGACAGAUCAAAUGAUCACUGAGAGACAAAAAGUCAAAACUGAGAUAAAGCUUUUAUCUCAGAAAGUUUUCUUUGUUUGAUCUGAAAACUUUUCUGUUGCUGUUACUUCACUCAGUUCAUUUUAGUGUGUUUUUCUGGUCGGUUCUUAAACAGCUGAUUUCAUUUAAUUCUGACCUGGACGACAGUGAAGCCGCCGGCGUUCAGUCAGAGGAGAUGCUAGCAGCUAGCAGCUAGCAGCUAGCAGGUAGCAAUUAACAGUUAACAGUUAGCAGCUAUUAGAUAACAGCUAACAGCUAUUAGAUAACUGCUAGCAGCUAACAGGCCGCUGAGUUUAACGCUUCGUCAGAGAGGGAGACGUCCCGGACGCUUCUGUCAGACUGAAUGCUGGGAAUUGCAGGAAAUCAAACAGUCACAAUAAACCAUGUGACCUGUCAGCCUUGAACAACAGACCUGAUCUCACAUCAUUUUAUUCUUCUCCACCUCUUUAAUUUAUGGUUAAACUCUUUAAGCUGAUUAAAAACUUUUAUUUCA